AUGGGGUGCUGUGUGAGCAUAGUCGACCCCCAAGAGAAGGAACUCGAAGACUAUUAUCAAACCGUCACGCCAGGCAUCACUCUUCACAAUUUACACAAGAAUCUGGUCGAAUAUGGAACUCAGGACGAACCACAUCAGGCGAUAUUUGAGGCAUGUAGCCUGCAGCACUCGCCCCAGGAGCCGCUAUAUUGGACAAAGGGAAGCUUUCGAAAUCACAUCACAAGAAAAUUUCCAGGAGCUAGUAUCUCGGACACAGCCAUCGAUGUUCUGUGGUCAUGUUUUUAUUUUUACGCCUGGCACCCCUUCACACGCCAUGGUGAUGCCGAUAACGGAAAAUUAGAACGACCCGCAUUUGAACGUGCCGUGAAUCCACUGGGCGUAUACGCAAAAUGGCAGGCCCUGUACAUGCAGACAGAACGUCGACCGGAUCUUGCGAAGCGUCAUUCAUUUAUAGAGGACGAUAUGAUGGAUGUUGUAGCCACAACUCGAUCCAAUCCCGGCAAAGGAAUCCCAGGCUCCGGGGAAUUAGCGCCGACAGCGCAGCGUCUACUCAAAGACAAAGGCGCAACUUAUCAUUAUCAGCUAAAUAUCAAAAGCCUUGCUACUUUAAUGAGUAUUUUAAAUAGGGUCAGACUUUAUAAAACAACGUGGGGUCGGAAAACCUUCCAUUACGGCACUCUCGAGGAACCGAGUCCCCAGCAAGAUGAGCUUUUGAAUAUACUCGCCGAGCAAUUCCAGCUUUCCGAAGGCUUCUUAGUGCCGGGUGCUAUUUCUCGAGUCUUUGAUAUUUUGCCAAAUCUCGAACUACGUUUCCAUCAACUAUGGGCAAUCAUCUUCCAGCCUCCCGUUCCUGAGGCUAGUCCGGGUAUUACCGAGAAAGGUAACGAGCAUCGGCCUCACCUUCUUCUUUUCCUCGGGGACCAAAGCCUUGGCCAGAGCCACACUCCCGAAGUCAUUGGUGCUUUUUACCCCGCCACUUUGAAGAAAAAGAGUGAUAAAGAACAAGAUAUGCCCGAGAAACCUGGAAAUUCUGAGCCCGGCCUUCCCGAGGUCGGCCCUCCGCAACUUCUUUUCCAACUUCAAACAAACCCUAGAAUAUUCCGAUUCAAAAAAGCAGAUGAAACAUCUCAACCUUCAUCGUAUGGAACGGCGAAAAGCCAUGUUCAUAAUUUGGCCGCCAAAUACUGGAUAGGCGACCCCGAGGAGUCAGAAAUCGGCUUAGAAAUUGAUCCGGCCACAAGUCAAGCGACGUUCGUGCUAAAUCAGGUCAAUCAGGGUCAAGGUAUAUACAAGGACGUGCUGCAGAUUGACAAGAAUAGCGAAACUUCAGGUGAGAAGCUGAGUGAAGGUAUUAUGGAAAGCUUUACGGUUUCUCGGGUUGCCGUCUAUAGAGUUGACGGUGGUGAUGAGUUUGACCCUUGGUCAUCUAAUAAAGAUGGAGUGAUCAGAAGGAUUUAA